UCGUGCGCCUUUGCGCAAAGGAUAUGGACUUGAUCGCGUCUCUCUCUCUCCAUUCCCAUACGCAUCUGCUGCACCCGGCAGCUCACAUGGUGUCCCAAUGAACCAUCGUCCUCAAGGAUCGUCCAACAUACAAUGGAUUAACAGGAAAGACAUGAAUGCCCGCACAGAGGACGGCAUCAGCCUGUGCCAAAGGGCUCUCCAAAUAGUGACCGAGCUGUGCCUCUCCGGGCACGUCGACCGGGAAAAAUGCGCGGGUAUAUUUCCGCUGGAGAGCAACAUACCAGGUAAAGGAAGUUCAGACAUCUCUGUAAGUCUCCUAGCUGUGGUCGUAGGUUUCUGUGGCCUCGCCCUUUUGGUAGUCUCUCUCUUUGUCUUUUGGAAGCUGUGCUGGCCCAUUUGGAGAAGCAAGGCGUUCUCAUCCAAUGCUGACGGCUGCCCUCGUGGGGUGCUACCUGAAGCCCCCCCGGCCCCACCUCCGGUGUCUUGUUCUCCCAUUCCUGACACCAAGGUGUCCGCAUUUGCCAAACCAGCGAGACAGCAGUCGCAAAUCCAGCAGGAGGAUGAGGAGAAAAGAAAGAUGCCAGAGGUGAAGGUCAAUGGGCGCAGCUCGGUAAAACUCUUGGAGGCAGCAAUGAAGAUCAGCCAGACGUCGCCGGACAUCCCGGCGGAGGUGCAGCAGGCUCUGCGUGACCGCCUGAGCAAGCAGGCCAAAAUCCAGCGGCAGACGACUGAACCUACCUCUUCCUCCAGGCACAAUUCGUUCCGCCGUCACCUCCCGCGGCAGCUGAACGUGUCCAGCGUGGACUUCCCCAUGGACACUAUACCCGUGCGCCAGUCUUCUGCAGUCAGCAUUGGCCGUAUCAAACCUGAGCUUUAUAAGCAGAAGUCUGUGGACUCGGAAGAAGGUGCCAAGGAACCGGUGGAAACGUGCGGAAAGCUGAGCUUUGCCCUCAGCUACGACUAUGAGGAACAAGCCCUCGUGGUUCGCAUUUUAAAGGCCCUUGACCUGCCUGCUAAGGACUUCACAGGCACCUCUGACCCCUACGUCAAGAUCUACCUGCUUCCCGAGCGCAAGAAGAAGUUUCAGACGAGGGUGCACCGCAAGACGCUCAAUCCCACGUUUGACGAGGCGUUUCGCUUCCCUGUGGAGUACAGCGAGCUGUGCAAUCGCAAGUUGCACUUCAGCGUGUACGACUUUGACCGCUUUACGAGUCACGACAUGAUCGGUGAGGUGGUGGUUGAUAACCUGUUUGAGCUGUCUGAUCUAUCACGGGAAGCUGUGGUUUGGAAGGACAUCCUUGCCGCUACAACAGAGAGCGUGGAUUUGGGUGAAAUUAUGUAUUCCCUUUGCUAUCUUCCCACGGCUGGACGCAUGACCCUCACCGUUAUCAAGUGUCGCAAUCUGAAAGCCAUGGACAUUACUGGAUACUCGGAUCCAUACGUCAAAGUCUCCCUCAUAUGUGAUGGACGGAGACUCAAAAAGCGAAAAACAACCAUCAAAAAGAACACGCUUAACCCUGUCUAUAACGAAGCCAUCAUUUUCGACAUUCCACCUGAGAACGUGGAGCAGGUCAGCCUGUCAAUCACGGUGAUGGAUUAUGACAGAGUUGGACAUAAUGAAGUUAUAGGGGUGUGUAGGGCGGGGCCGGAUGCUGAAGGGCUUGGAAGGGACCACUGGAAUGAGAUGCUAGCUUAUCCGCGAAAGCCAAUCACUCACUGGCAUGCCUUGUGCGAGUGGCCAGGGCGAGCGUCCAGUUUUGAGAGUCAAGGAUCAUGUCCAUCUCCAAAACCCCCUCAGACCCCAUAACAACCUGGAGAUCACACAGUCCUAAAUGCAAAACACGUUUGGUUUGUGUAAUUAAAAGGGUAUAUUUUUCUUUAGUUGUAGCUUGUGUACCUUAUUAUUUGUAAGAUAAUUAUACAGUACUGGUAUCCGUACUACAGGCACAACCAAGCAUCCGAAUCUCGGUAUCACUUUCUUUUAACUGGUGCUGAUUGUUGCUCCUUAAAUUAUAGUUUGUGGUCAGUUUGAAGCUGACAUUGAAACUACCUUCUGUAUGACAACAUAAUGAUGGCGUGUAAUGUUACAGACACAUGAAAUGACAGUACUUAUCAUUUCACAUUCUUGAACGGGUCAUUUAUGAAUGUUCUAAAAUUUUCUAAAUAUUUGACAAAACUAAUGCAAGGUUAGAGAAGUGGAAAGAAAGGCUUUUAAACAUAAAAUUACAACUUGUCCUGCAUAGAAGUUUCAAAGGAAAAAGACCUUGAUAAAGUUAAAUCAGGUGAUUGUAUAACCAGAUGGUGAUUGUUGAUGAUGUACUGUAAAUAGUGUUAUUCUGUUCAAGCUACUAGUAUUUAUUUCUGUACAUGAAAAAGAAUUACAAUAGUUACACAAGCAUAUUGCUUUACCUCAACAAACACACAUCACUCAAUGGCAACUGCAUUAGAGCGAGUUCCCAUCAACGGUUUGGAAACUGAAUAACAUCAAAAAUCACUAUUAUUCAUUAAUAUUCUUCACUUUUAGAAAAAAAUGUCAACAUUUGUCCCCCGGCUAGCACUGGUGCAGCAUCCUCUGAAAAGGACCUUAUAUUUUGUACCAAUAUGUACCUUAGAAAUACUAAUAUGCACUCAUUGAUACCAAUAUGUACCUCUGAGGUACUAAUAAGAAUAAAGGAUACCUCCAAGUUACAGCUAGGGACCAUUUUUUGCCAGUGUAAUAUAAAUUUAAGGGGGAUUGCAAAGCUAUUAUACAGUGAGGAAAAUAAGUAUUUGUACACCCUGCUAUUUUGCAAGUUCACCCACUUAAAAAUCAUGAAGGGGUCUGAAAUCGUCAUUGUAGGUGCAUGUCCACUGCGAGAGAAAAAAAAUCCAGAAAUCAAAAUGUAUCUUUUUUUACUAUUUAUUUAUGAUACAGCUGCAAAUAAAUAUUUGAACAUAUCUAUCAGCUAGAAUUCUGACCUUAAAGACCUGUUAGUCUGCCUUUGAAAUGUCCACCUCCACUUUAUUUAUAAUCCUAAAUUAGAUGCACCUGUUAGCUGCAUAAAGACACCUGUCUACCCCAUACAAUCAGUAAGAAUCCAACUACUAACAUAGCCAAGACCAAAGAGCUGUCCAAAGACACUAGAGACAAAAUUGUACACCUCCACAAGGCUGGAAAGGGCUACAGUGACAUUGCCAAGCAGCUUGGUGAAAAAAGGUCCACUGUUGGAGCAAUCAUUAGAAAAUGAAAGAAGCUAAACAUGACUGUCAAUCUCCCUCGGACUGGGGCUCCAUGGAAGAUCUCACCUCGUGGGUUCUCAAUGAUCCUAAGAAAGGUGAGAAAUCAGCCCAGAAUUACACAGGAGAAGCUGGUCAAUGACCUGAAAAGAGCUGGGACCACCGUCUCCAAGUUUUUAUUUAAGACGUCAUGGUUUGAAAUCAUGCAUGUCACGGAAGGUUCCCCUGCUUAAACCAGCACAUGUCCAGGCCCAUCUUAAGUUUGCCAAUGGCCAUUUGGAUGAUCCAGAGGAGUCAUGGGAGAAAGUCAUGUGGUCAGAUGAGACCAAAAUAGAACGUUUUGGUCAUAAUUCCACUAAACAUGUUUGGAGGAAGAAGAAUGAUUUGUACCAUCCCAAGAACACCAUCCCCACUGUUAAGCAUUGGGGGUGUUUUUCUGCACAUGCGACAGGGCGACUGCACUUUAUUAAGGAGAGGAUGACCGGAGCCAUGUAUUGCAAAAUUCUGGGGAACAACCUCCUUCCCUCAGUUAGAGCAUUGAAGAUAGGUCGAGGCUGGGUCUUCCAACAUGACAAUAACCCGAAGCACACAGCCAGGAUAACCAACGAGUGGCUUUGUAAGAAGCAUAUCAAGGUCUCCAGACCUAAACCCAAUAGAGAAUCUUUGGAGGGAGCUCAAACUCUGUGUUUCUCAGCGACAGGCCAGAAACCUGACCGAUCUAGAGAAGAUCUGUGUGGGGAGUGGGCCAAAAUCCCUCCUGCAGUGUGUGCAAACCUGGUGAAAAACUACAGGAAAUGUUUGACCUAAUUGCAAACAAAGGCUACUGUACCAAAUAUUAACAUUGAUUUUCUCAGGUGUUCAAAUACUUAUUUGCAGCUGUAUCAUACAAAUAAAUAGUAAAAAUCAUACAUUGUGAUUUCUGGAUUUUUUAGAUUAUGUCUCUCACAGUGGACAUGCCCCUACGAUGACAAUUUCAGACCCCUCCGUGAUUUCUAAGUGGGAGAACUUGCAAAAUAGCAGGGUGUUCAAAAAGUUAUUUUCCUCACUGUAUAUGUCCCAAAGUUAGCCUGCACCUCUAACAAAAAAUAAUCCAAUAAUGAUUUAAAUAGUUUGAGAAGGAUGACUUUCAUUAGAUUUCAUUGACAGUAAAAACACAAUAAAAAAAUUAUAAAUCCAAUAGAAUAAAGUAUGAACAGAUAUAAUUUAUAAUAAAAUGUUUCCUUGGAUAUGUAUAAAAAAUACUAUUUAAAAUAUUCAUCUAUUGUGAUGGUCAGAUGGGACUUUAAAGUAGCCACACGAUGUAGCUUGUUUUGUUGAUGUUUAAACAAAACAGACGUCGUAAAAUUGAUUAUCCUGAUCAAUAUCCAGGUUAAUAUUUGUAUAGUAGGUUUUUCAAAUAUAUGAAAUUCUUCCCAUGCAUUAAAUCCUCAUAUCUAUCUGUCCCUCAUAUCAUCCGUCUCCUUUUCCCAUUCUACUGUGGUAACAUUUUUGAUGUACGAUUCAAUUUUAAGUGCUCACAGGUGGUAUUAAAAGUAGCAAACAAUCUUUUCUUCACAGUGAUUUCUGAAACUCUUUACAUUGUCUGAAUGAUUAAUGUAAGUUAAUAUACAAGAGAUGCCGCUCUUUGAAAUUGAUGAUUGUAAUUCUGUUAAAGGGAUAGUUUACCAAAAAAUUAAAAUUUACUAAACCCUACAAUCUUGUAAAAUUGACUUCUUGUGUUCUGCUAAACACAAAUGAAGAUGUUUUGAAGAAUGUUUAGCAGAUCAGGGGCACCAUUGACUUCCAUAGUAUAAAAAAUAAUGCUAUGGAUGUGAAUAGUGCCCCGUAUCAGUGUGGUUAAAUUUUUCAAAAUAUAUUUCUUUUGUGUUCAGCAGAACAAAGUAAUUUAAAGAAGUUUGUAGGGUGAGUAAAUGACAACAAAAUUUACAUUUUUUGUGAACUAUACCUUUAAGGUGCUAUAAAUAUUCAUUCAGGCAUUAGUGACACAUAUUAUAUGCUGAUGUACCUAAGAAUAACAGUUAAUCACUGUUGACUUUUGAUUAAUGAUGAAAAAUGAUGAGCUCUUUGCUGAAGAGGUUAAAAAGGUUAUUUAAAUGAAUCAAUAACGUCUAAAGCAAUUAAAGCUAUUGAGGAGUUUUUCUUUGUGUAAAGGACUAACAACUGAAUAUGUAAUAUUAAUGCAUUCAUGGUCAUUUAAAGAAGGUGGAUAAUACAGACAUUUAUUUAUUCUUCACUGGACUGAAAGUUACCUGUUAAUUAUUUGCCGUUAGUUUGUUUGUCAUUGAGAGAAUCAGUAUUCAUUAUGUGGUAUCACACAGUGUCUAUUCAGUCAGUAUGCAAAUAACACCUUGAUAAUUGCACACGUAACAUAUAAAAACUGGACCCUUCUGAUUAAAGAGAGGGGGGUUUAAGUGUUACUGAUGUGCCCAUAAGUAAUAAUGCAAUCAAACAUGGCAAUUUGACAAAAGGCUGUGUACUGUUAACUUUGAUUUGCACAUGUAGAGAGUGCUUCUACCCCAGAGCUCAGUCAGAGAAAUCGAAUUAAAAUAAUACGAAUAAUUGUAGCCUCCCGAUACCAGUACCUAGAAUUUAUUGAUUGAGCACUUAUAAAUGUAGACCUCUAAUAUUACUAUAGCAUAAGUAUUAUUUUUUAUUUCGUUGAACGGUUACAGUGAUAGUGUAUGUAUAUAUUUGAGAAUUUCUAAUUGUUAUCUUGUUAAAGUGCAUUUCUAUGGAUCGUUUGGUGGUGAUUUGUAUUAUGGGCUUGUGAUCUUGAAUAACUUUAUACACAAUGUGCAUAUAUUGUGUAAUGGCUUUUAAAAUUGUAAAAUUGGCUUCAACUUCCUGUUGAGCUGUUCAUAAAAUGCUUCUCGGUAAUUUUUUUGUCAUACUUGCACUGACAACAAAAUUAAUCGCUAUAUAUGUUGUUAUGAUGUGUACAGUUUGUGAUAACUUUUGUAAAAAAAAUAAUGCAGUAAAUAUUUGAAAUAUAAUUUUCUGGAUGUUUC